UCCCACCACUUACCACAGGGAAAAGAAAAAAAAAACCAAGUAAAAGAAUUUAGAAUUCUCUCAGUCUCUAAAGACACACACCAAGGCACUAUUGGUCCAUCAUCAACAAAUAGGAAUUCAGUUUGCUCUUCCCCUUUUUUGGAAAAAAAAAAUUCUAUCAUCCCUUAAAACAUUUGCUUCAGAAAAUAUAGCAAAAAAAGUCCGCGAACACAGAGCCUUUCAAGGUUUCUAGUAUUGCUCAAACUAGAAACCCCAAGAAGAAAGGAGACAGAAUCCUUUCAUUCUUCUGUUGAUCUCAUCAACUCCAUCAAUUUUCUUCUUGCCACUCCACGCCCGACUCCAUCCAUACUUCUCUCACUCUCUCUCUCUCUCUCUCUCCUGAACAAAAGAUGGAAAUCAUGGAAACAGCAAAAGUCUACCAGUAAUCAGUUCCUUUUUGAGAGUUAUUUAUCUCCAUCAACAGUAACAUCUGAAAAAUACUCUUCUGCAGCUGGAAGGAGGAGAACAAAAGGUGAAGUGCUUAUUCUGCAUCCACUAUGUUUGUUACUGCCUGAUCUCUUCAACCGAAGCUUAUCUGUAACUGGUUCCAAGAAGAAAAGAAAGAAAUAGAAGGGGGAAAGACACCGUUCCAAUGGAUACAGUUCCAGCAGCAGACAGUUCUAACUCGGAGAACAACAAUAGCAACACCACCAAUAACUCCGCUGCAACCUCCUCAUCGGCGUCUGCUCCCAGCCGAUACGAGAACCAAAAGCGUAGGGAUUGGAACACCUUCGGCCAAUACCUAAAGAACCACAGGCCUCCACUGUCACUCUCCAGGUGCAGCGGCGCCCAUGUGCUCGAAUUCCUCCGAUACCUCGACCAAUUCGGGAAGACCAAAGUUCACACUCAAAUCUGCCCCUUCUUCGGCCACCCGAAUCCCCCCGCGCCGUGCCCGUGUCCACUCCGUCAGGCUUGGGGAAGCCUCGAUGCUCUCAUCGGACGCCUCCGAGCCGCUUUCGAGGAGCACGGCGGAAAGCCAGAAGCCAACCCAUUUGGUGCUCGAGCUGUCAGGCUUUAUUUACGUGAGGUUCGUGAAUUGCAGGCCAAGGCCAGGGGGAUCAGUUACGAGAAGAAGAAGCGGAAGCGCCCACAGCAGCCGGCCCAAUUGCCACCUCCAGGUGCAAGCUAGAAACUGCACAUUGUCCAGCACUUGUUCGCACUAUGGUUCCAGUCGUCGUUGAUUAUCCAAACUCAUAGCCAAGAAUUGGUGAAGGAGAAUUCUACAUUUUCUAGAUCUUCUGAGCUCUUAGCUUCCUUUAGCGCUAUGGAUACUGCCUCUCUUCUAUUUUCCCUUUCCAAUAGGUAAUCUGAUUAAGUAGAAGUAGCUAGUUAUUCAUGCAAUUCUAGGUGGUUCAUUCUGUUCUCUGUCUUAUGUUUUACUUGGGCAGAACCUCUAUAUGUUUAGAUUUAUGGGUACCUUGGAUUUGAUUUUGAUGCAAACAGUAGUGGUGGUGGUGGCUGUGGCGGUAGCAAUGGUAGUAGCAGCAGUAGAGUAGUAGUAGUAUUUAUAGUAAUAGUAUUGGUCCUAGUGGUGGUAGUGUAGUAGUAGUAAUACUAGCUAAGUAGCUAGUAGUAGUUGUUAUAGUUGUUGCUGCUGCUGCUUCUGUUGUUGCCAUUGUUGUUGAUGUUGUCUUAGUAGUAGCAGUUGCAGUAGUAGAACUGUAGAUUAGAUAGUGUACUUUGAGUAAUGAUCGAUGUGGAAUUGAGCAUCCAAUUGCUCUUACUUAUGUACUUGAAGAUUCAUAUAUGCCAACUAAUAGAUUUGCAGAUCAUAUGUACAUCUCCUUU